CUGAGAGGUUUAAAAGGCAGUCCCUAUCUCCCCGCGCAUGCCGUCAGCCUAAUUUCCACCGAAUCUCUCUUCCUUGUCCAUUUCCCAAAUCGAAUUGCUCAGUAUGUUUGCUGCUACGAAGCUCGCCACACGCUCCGCGUUCCGCCACAACUGGGUGCGGUUCUCAUCUACUGCUGCCGCCGCAUCGUCCUACAAGCUUGUUGUUGUGGGCGGCGGUGCCGCUGGCCUGGCUGUGUCCUCGACGCUGGCGCAGAAGCUGGGAAAGAACGAGGUGGCAGUGAUUGAGCCGUCCGCCGUGCACUACCAGCAGCCGCUGUUUACCUUUGUCGGUGGCGGCCUCAAGGACUUCAGCGAGACCCACCGGCCGAUGGGUGAGCUGAUCGACGGGAAUGCCAAGUGGAUCCAGCAGGCCGCGGCCGAGAUCGACCCGGAGGCCAACACGGUGACUCUGGCCGACGGCUCCAAGGUGUCGUAUGAUUACCUGGUGGUCGCAGCGGGCAUUGAGCUGAACUUUGGCGGCAUCAAGGGUCUGGAGCAGGCGAUUGGCAAGAACGGCGUUGCAAGCAACUACUCGCCGCAGUAUGUGGAGAAAACGCACGAGUUCCUGCAGAAUGUCCAGGGCGGCAAUGCGCUGUUCACAAUGCCGGCGACCCCGAUCAAGUGCGCUGGUGCGCCGCAGAAGAUUGCGUAUCUGGCCGACGAGAUGUUCCGCGAGAAGGGCAUCCGCGACAAGGUCAACGUUAACUACUACACCGCCCUGGGCAAGAUCUUCGCCAUCGACAAGUAUGCUAACGCGAUGAACGGAAUUGCCAAGAGCCGCGACGUCAAUGUCAACCUGUUCCACGAUCUGGUCGAGGUCGAUGGCGCCAACAAGAAGGCUACCUUCAAGGUGCUCGGCAGCGGCCCCAAUGCCGGCGAGACCGUCACUGUCCCGUACGAGUUCCUGCACGUCACUCCGCCGAUGAAGCCCUUCGACUUCAUCAAGAACAGCAAGAUCGCCAAUGCUGCCGGCUAUGUCGAUGUCAACCAGGCCACGCUGCAGCACAACAAGUACUCCAACGUGUACUCGCUUGGUGACUGCUCGUCGCUGCCGACCUCCAAGACUGCCGCUGCCGCCGCUGCCCAGUCGCACGUGCUCAAGCAGAACCUGCUGAACCAGAUCCAGGGCAAGGACGUCCCUGCUGUCGAGUACAACGGCUAUACUUCGUGCCCACUGGUCACUGGCAAGCACAAGCUGGUGCUGGCCGAGUUCUCUGGCUACACCGGUACUCCGCACGAGACCUUCUUCUUCAACCAGGCCAACGAGCACGCCUUCUCGUACUGGCUCACCGCCGAGGCUCUGCCCUCGGUCUACUGGAACUCGAUGGUCAAGGGCACCUGGAAGGGUCCUUCGACUAUCCGCAAGCUGACCAACCCGGCCAACGCCAACUAAACUGUUUUUGCCCUUCGUGUCUCUAGUUGUUUUCAAAUUUAUAUCGUUCCGCAUUCA